AUGAGCUUGCGGUCGAUUUUGGGAGGCUCCAGCCGGGUUAGGAAGUCCUCCAAGGGAUCAGGCGUAAAGCGUACCUCCUCCUCGCCUUCCACCGCAUCAUGGGCAUCCUCUCUGCCCCGCCGCAAGCCGGGCACACACGGCAGCGGUAGCGGCAAGAAGCCAUCGGCAACAGCCAACGACGACGAUGACGACCUAUUCGAUGACAAGCUCGACGACUACGGUCUCGUCACGGCCCUGGCUACCGAUCUGAACCUUCGCGACACCUCCCAAGCCAUACACUACAUACGAAAUCACAUGUUCUCUGCGAUGCCCGAGCAGGCGGCUGGCAUGAACUCGACGAGGAUAGCAGAAGUAUUGAACUACCGGAAGCGGCUGCCUCCUAUCGUAACGGUUUCGCAUAUACAGACACUACUGGCAUCGCCCAGCGCAGUGGAACGGGAAAUCGCAGAGCUCGCUCGGUCAGGCUUUCUGCGGAAAAUAGUGGUGGCGCGCCGCGGCGACAUUGGAGAGACGGUGAUGCUUGCGUCUGACUACGAGCAGAUGGUCAGAGAUGCGGGUGGUUUAGAUGAGAGCUCGAAAGCGAGCCUAAUCACCUUCCUGAAAGAGAACACCGCGGCACAGACCGUCCGUCGGACGGCGCUACGUCCAUUUGAGAUUGAUCAAUUGAUAAAGGCUGGUUUCUUGACAGCUCAUCACACUGGUGUCAUACAUCAUGGCUCUAUGUCGCAUACAAUGAACCUUUACUCGCGGCCUGAGGACAGGGGGACGCUUACGUCCCUUGAGAUGGUUUCGAGGCAACCGACAGGCUCUCUCGGCACAGUUGGUGGCGAAGGAGCUCUGCAUAUGGCAGGUGGAAGUGGCGGUGGCUCCGGAAGGACGCCGUGGGUCGACACGGGGGCGACGGAGCUGAAGCUUGCCGUACCAGGCAACGGCACAUUCCUCAAGCUCUUGUCCUCUGGCCUCGAGCACCUGGUCUCGCUGGUAAACAAAGCCAAAUUCCGCGAGGCACCGGAGGCAUUGCUCAAGGAUUAUUGGGAUGGAGGCAUAGCGAAAGAGGAAGCGCGCUAUGCAGCCAAACGAUCACGUGGAGAGUUUGCAGGUGUCCUACCGGGUCAGACGAGGAAGUGGAGACAGUUCUACGGUCUGUCCUUCGACUGGGUCUUGCAGGAAGCCGUCGGAUCUGGACUCGUUGAAGUCUUCGAAACCCGCAGUGUUGGUCGUGGCAUCCGCGCUGUCUGA